UCCCUUUCCCCCUCACUCACCCUUUUUCCCUUCUGCUCACUCGCUUUCUUUAUUAACUCACCCGUUUUCCACUCUGCUCACGCUCCUUCCCCCAUCACUCACCCUUUUAGCUCGGCUCACUCUCUGUUCCCCUUCACUCACUCUCUUUCCUUUUCACUGA